AUGUCAUACUUUCUCCCAGACGAGGCGAUCAUCGAAAUUCUCUCAAGAUUGCCGGUGAAGUCGCUCAUCAAAUUCAGAUGCGUUUCCAAGACAUGGCGCUCUCUAAUCUCCAGCCCCUUCCUCAUCGCCAACCAUCUCAAUCUCGCUCUUUCCAAUCCCCAAUACCCACCCUUCAUUCUUUUCCGGUAUUCCGAUGAUCAACUCCAGAAAGAGCGCUUCACCCUCCAUUCUUCGGAUGACCCAUUCCCUCAGAAACAAUCUCGUGAGGAAGAGGAAGAGGAAGCAGAAGCGGGUUUCUUUGAUUAUCCGUCAGUCACUCCACAACACCAGGGUGCGAUUCGCCGCAAUGUGAUCGUGACGUUUGGUAUGGAGGAUGAGGCAUUUGGUGAAAUGGGUAUGCCUAAGAGUUUGGAAGGGGUGGAUAAUUUGGACUUUUUUGUUACAUUAGUUGAUGGGUUGCUUGCGUUUCUCCCUCAUGGCGGAGCCAGCGAGUUUCACUCCUUGUGGGUGAUGAAAAAGUAUGGAGUACUGGAAUCUUGGACCAAGCUGUGA